AAACUUCAAAGCAAAUUGCAACGGUUUUUGAUGUUGCUCUGUUCGGUUGCAAUAUUAGUUUUACGAAAUUUUUAAAAUAAGUUUGUUUUUAGUGAAUUUUGAAGAUAUAGCUGUAUUUCCCGAAAACGGUCGUUGCCGUUUAUUCUCAACAGUGCAAUGGCGCCAACUCGGUUGGCACCGAAGCCAAUUGGCGUCAAUGAAAAUAUAAAUGGCAUUUUGAGCCAGGGCAUAACAACGAGGAGUAAACAGUUGGCUACUCUGAAAACUUUCAAAGGCAGCCUUAAGGCACCAAAUAAGCGGAAAGCUGAUAGUCCUUUGAAAGACACGAUCGCCAAGAGAGCCGCGUUCGGGGAUAUUACGAAUGCUUUUAACAAAUCUAUUGCUACUAAUGACAAAGGAAUUGCUGCAAAAAAGGUCACGGUAGAGAGCAAAGUUCUCCCAACACUUAAGAGUGUCAAACCACUAGCCGUUAAUGGAAAAAUAUCAAAGACCAAGCAAAUUCAAAAAGUUGCUACUAAUGCUAUUGAGACAGUACAAAAACACUUCGCCAAAGAUCCUCCCAAGCCAAUCCCAACUAGAGCUCAGAAUGGAAUUCUCAAGAAUAUUGAAAAGAAAGAGAAACUGCAGAGCAAAGAGAAUCAAAAUCAAAGUCAGAACUCUGCAAAGUCUGGCAAGAGUGAUACAUCUGAGCCCUCAUUGUAUAUGACAGCAUUGGAAAAUAUCAGUCCAAAUGAAGUGACCAAAGAAGACUGUAAAGGGAUUAGUGAAAAGUUAGACAAAGUCAAUUUGGAGGACACAUUACACUCUUCAUACAUAGAACUGCCGGAGACUCCGCGCACAGUACCUCAGAAUGUUGUUGAUUUUGACAAGGAAAACUGGAAUGACCCCUACCAAGUUUCCAAUUAUGCUAUGGACAUAUUCAACUACUUGAAGAGUAGAGAGUCAAGUUUCAUUAUUGAUGACUACUUACAAAGGAUGAAAGGUAUAACUUCUUGGAUGAGAGCACUGCUGGUUGACUGGAUGGUGGAAGUUCAGGAGAGUUUUGAAUUGAACCACGAGACUCUAUACUUGGCAGUGAAGUUAGUUGACUUGUAUUUGACCAAGUCCAGUAAGACGCAAGCAGAAAAGGAUCAAUUGACAAAAGAAGAACUUCAGCUGCUCGGCGCAUCUGCUUUGUUUAUCGCAUCAAAAUAUGACGAGCGUAUUCCUCCGCUUGUUGACGAUUUUCUCUACAUUUGCGACGGCGCAUAUACUCUUAACCAGUUGCUCAAGAUGGAAAUGAAUAUUCUACGCGUGAUUGACUAUGAUCUGGGCAUUCCAUUAUCAUACAGAUUUUUGCGAAGAUACGCCCGGUGCGCUCGCGUGUCCAUGCCAACACUCACGCUGGCGCGUUUCGUACUUGAGCUGUCGCUGCUGGAGUACACCCUGCUGCCGGCCCGCGACAGCCUGGCCGCCGCCGCCGCGCUCUACCUGGCGCUGCGCAUGAAGAAUCUCUCUCGCUGGACCCCUACACUCGAGUAUUACACAGGAUACACCCUGAAAGACAUUUUGCCUAUGGCUUUGGCGCUGAAUGCUACUCUACACAAGAAACCCAAGUCAGCUAUAAGCACAGUUCGCAACAAGUAUUCGCAUAAGAUCUUCUUCGAGGUGGCCAAGCUGCCGCUGAUUGAGGACAAGGAUCUUAGCAGCUGAGUGAGUUGUUUUGAAGUUAGAGAUCCAUAAACAAUGAAAAUUUGUGUCAUAAUUAUUAGACCUAUGAAAUUGGACUUAUCUCUGUGAAGAAAUAAAAAAAGUUGAGAAUGUAAAAUGCACAGAGAAAAAAUAACUUGUAGAAAUUUUUAAGGCGAAAUUGUUUCAUAGGUCUUUUAAAAUGUAUUCUAGGUUAAAGGCUUACAACUUUUGUUGUAAUAUUGUAUUUCGGUGUUACAAAAAGUAAAGAUACUGAUACGAUUUCCAAAUUGAUGUUAUUAAUUAGGAAUUGACAUGGUGAGUGUCCAAAACAAAACACUGCUUGACUAGGACAAAUAAAGGACCACAAAGGCUAACAUUAAUACCUGUGAUCGAGGAUGUUAAAAGGAUAAGCAAGUAAUAUUUGGACCAACCAAAAUAUUGUAAAUUUCCCUUUCACAAAUUUAAAAGAUAUGGUAUUGUUAUUUAAAAGAUUUAAUAAUUAGUAAAUUGAUAAUUUGUUAAUUAAUAUCGAUUAAUUAAUAGUAUAUUAAAGCAUUUCCCAAGGAAAUCUUUAAAAUUUGAUUGCAAAUAA